UGGGCGCGGCGGGGCGAGCUGUUGCCGGGGUCUGCCGCGGCAGACUAGAAAUUUGGAGCCUGAGGAACCCGCAGCUGGGAACCGGCGGCGAUGGGGCCGGCUGCCUGGCAGCCGGCAGUACCCAUCGCCAGGUUGAACCGCCUGCCUGCCAGCCACUGAGCGAGCCGCGAGACCACGGAUGGAGGGCCGGGCAAAGCUCGGCCCCGAGGCGGUGCUGCACUUCCUCGAGGAGCGCGGGGGCCGAGUCCGGCGCUCAGAGCUGGUGCAGCACUUCUCCGGCACCCUGGGCAAGGAGCCGGAGCAGCGCGCCCGCUUCAAGGAGCUGGUGAACGCGGUGGCCACCGUGCGCACAGACCCCGCCGAUGGCUCUAAGUAUGUGCACCUCAAGAGGAGGUUCUACGGAGGGCCACCGUCGCCCAAGGCCGCGCCCCCUCUGGACCUGCCCCACAUCUCGGUGACCGCAGAGGCCGAGCCCCAAGGCGGCGCCCCCGAGAGGCCCGACGGCCGGGCAGAGGACCUUGAGAGUGGCCUGUGCCUCAAGGCGGCGGCGCAGUUGGCGCUCGGAGGUCCUGUCUGUGAGCCCCGUGGAGGGGAGCCUUCUGCUGCCAUUCCUGGGCGGACCAGUGUGGUGGACGACAGCCGGAGUUGGCCGCCCAUGAAUGGCGGGGCCCGCAAGGGAAAUGCGCGGCGCGACGCGCAGCCUCCGGCUGGGGCACCGGCCCCAGCGACCAGCGAGGACCUGAAACCCAAGUCCCACGGCUGCGAGGAGGCGGAAGGGGAAAGCUCUCCCGGGGGGACCACCACCCCGAGGUCUACUCGCCAAAACCUCCGGGAUCUCGUGAUGGGCAGCUCCCCGCAGCUGAAGAGGAGCAUCUGUACUGGAGGCAGCAGCCCCGGGGGCUUCUUUGGGGUAGGACGCGGCAGAGGCGGGGCUGACUCGGACAGCGCAUCUGUUGCUUCGUCGGCGGAGGAGGAGAGCAGCAGCGGAGGCUCCGUGACGCUGGACCCUUUGGAACACGCCUGGAUGCUCUCAGCCUCGGACGGCAAGUGGGACAGCCUAGAAACGUUGCUCACUUGUGAGCCCGGCCUGCUGGCUAAGCGAGACUUCAUCACUGGCUUCACCUGCUUGCACUGGGCUGCCAAGCACGGCCGGCAGGAGCUGCUGGCCAUGCUAGUUAACUUUGCCAACAAAUAUCAGCUGCCAGUAAACAUCAACGCCAGGACAAGUGGAGGCUACACAGCCCUUCACUUGGCAGCCAUGCAUGGGCACGUGGAGGUGGUGAAGUUGCUAGUGGGAGCCUAUGACGCAGAUGUGGACGUCAGGGACUACAGUGGGAAAAAGGCCUCGCAGUACCUGAGUCAGAGCAUCGCCGAAGAAAUAAAGAACCUGGUAGGAGACCUAGACGAGGACGACGGGGACAGCGCAGCGGGCAGCGGGGUAGGGCGCUGGAGGUUUUCAAAGGUACUACCUUCGCACCUCAUCUCCCACAAAUUUUCGCAUGUCCUGGAGGAUGGAGGGGAUCAUCACCACCACCACCAUCAUCACCUGGCUGAGGGAUGGACUGGAAGCAAAGUAAAGGACCCAGGUCGCAAAGCUUCAGGCAGCUCUAGUGGGCGAAUAAAACCCAGACUCAACAAAAUCCAUUUCCGAACCCAGAUCAUACACACCACACCCUCUUUCAGAGACCCAGAGCAGCCUCUGGAGGAAGGGGAGCAGGAAGAAGAGGAUCGGUCUCUUAAAGUCCACUUAUCCUCAUUCAAACUGAGACCAAAGUCCAAUGUAUUCGGGUAAAAAUAUUUUUUUUAGAAAAUUCUAAGUUGUAUUUGUCUUGCGAAAUAGAAUACUGGGUGUAAGCAAGUAAGUGACACUGGAAAAGACCUAGGCUAAAUAUGCAUUCCUACUUGGUGGGUUGGAAUGGGUCAGGGACAUUUCCCCGUAGUAUUCUGGGUGAGGUGGUUUUACCAAGUGAUUCAUCAAACCUUCACCUAAGCCUCUUUUCCUUAUGCCAGCCCUCUACCUUGGAGUCCCUGUUUGCGAGGACUAGAAAUGGGUCUAAAAUUGGGGGUACAGAAUUGAUGACUGAGGGUUUCUUUGAUUUACCCAUUAUUGGAUGCCAUGCAAAGUAAGGAAUAUUGCACUUUUAUGUAUAUGUUUUUGAAAGUAGUUACUAUUCCAAAAACAAGAAAUGCAAAUUGUAGUGAAACUUAGUAUUUGUUAAGUGUGAACAAAACUACAUACUCCCUGUAGUUUUUACUAAUUGCAUUUGAUUUUUAAGAUGCUACAGAGGGUAAGGUAGAGUUGGAAUGCAAAAAUACUAAUUAGAGAAUAAUAUGAGUAAAAAUGGGAACUCCAUUAGUAUCCUAUUUGUACUAUAAGUAGUGUCCAACUAUUUUUUAAAAAGCAAUUUCAGGUUUGACCACUGAACUGAAAAAAUAGACAACAUUCACUUUUGAGUUAAUCUAUAGUAUGCUUUCCUCUUAAAUAUCUCAUACCACUGCACUCAGUAUUAAGGUACAUUAUUAAUAACCAUACAAAUUUUUAUAUAAAGAAAACAUCUUUAACAAUCUAUGGUAUUUUUAAGUAAAAUACUGCCUUUGGUUCUGAUUCUUAUUAACUUGUUUUGCUAUUCUAAAAAUCUAAAUUUGCUGAAGUUUUUAUUCUGGAAUUAUGUAACUAUUGGUUCUGUUUGACAUGAUCCUACUUGUUGGUGCUUAGAGUUGAACUGCAUAUAGGAACUUUUCUGGUUUGGAUGAUUAGUGAAAAUUGGCAUAAAUGUUAGUGAAUCUGUACUUCUGUGAAGUAAUCAUUAAAUCAACGUAAUGACUCACUUGAGGUACAUUUUGUUUUACUAAUAAAACUCAUAGUCUUUAUGCUUUGUAGCAGUAUUUUGCAAAUGUUUAAAAUACUAAAUUCUUCCAAUUUUUCAUUGCUUCCUGGAAUCUUAUAGAUCAGGUGUCAAACUGAUUUUCACUGGGGACCACAUCAGCCUCGCAGUUGCCUUCAAACUGCCAAAUGUAAUUUCAACUCCUUAACAGUUAAGGAGUAGUUACAUUUAUACAGUCCUAAAAUUAUUUCUGCCCUUUGAAGACAACUGUGAGGCUGAUGUGGCCCCCAAUGAAAAUGAGUUUGAUGUCCCUGUUAUAGAUGUACAGUGAAGUUAUUGAAAAGCUGGAUAGUAAAUCUACCCAGUUAAAAAUAGCACUUUAUAAAAGAGAAAGAGAUGGUACUAUAUCUGUAUUUAAAUACCACUGGCUGUUGAAUUAAAUGACAAAUACUGUUCAUUAAAAUUAAAGAUUUACAUGUGAUUCUUAAUUACAUUCCAUUCAAAUAUAUUAGUGUGAAUGUUUUAUAAUUAUUGUAAAAUUUAAGUCACCGGCAUAUUAAAUCUAUUUGUAACAACAAUAUUUGAAACAACUUUUGUGGGAAACUAAUUUCAACAAGUUCUUCUCCCUUAGUCUUUUUGAUUUUAUAAUUAAUGAAACAAGUACCUGCAGCCUUUAGAAAUUAAGGGGUAACUUAGUUUCAGGAGUGAAUGAGCUAAUGUAUGACUUGCACACAAUUGCAAUCAAUCUUUAUAGAGGACUUGGAUUUUUAAUUUCCUAAGUCAUAGAAGUUUGUCACACCUCUCUAGAUUGAAUUUGUUUAAAAAUUAAUGAAAAAACUUUACAUAAAAUAUAUAAACUAUUAACUUAUAUGCCUUUAUUUUUGUUUUAGGAUUAUGGAAAUGGGCCAUAUGUAUUUGAGAAGCGGGGUGAAAAACAAUCCAAUUUUGUGUAAAUUAAAAAUAGGUUCCUUGAAGGUGAAAGCAAACUUUUGUUCUGAAUUGUAUGCACGUUAUCUGUAUCUAGCGCAGAAUAAGCUAUAACUUCACAUUGAGGAAUCUUACCUUUCGUUGACAUGUAAAGCUAAAACGAACUAUAAAGAGUAGACACUUCUGAACUAUUUAAACAUUCUAUUAAACAGUCCGUAUGAAUCUC